CGACUAGACGUCGACUAGCAUAUUGUUCAGAUAAUUAUGCUGAUUAUUUACAUAUAACUAGUCAAUGUGUACCAAGUAGAUCUAUUGGAAAUAUAUCACAUGUACCGACAUAUGAUAUUUGCGAUACAAAUAGUUCAAUUGAAAAUAUGAAUGGCAUUAUUUCAAGUCCAAAUUUUCCAAGUUAUCAACAAACAGCUAAUGAAUGCAAAAGAAGGCUCAACGGUGUUCUAGAUCGAAUCCUUAAAAUUUGGAUUAAUGAAAUGGCUAUAUCAAAUGGUGGUCAACGUCAUUCAGAUGUUAUAGAUGAAGAUUCAGGUGAACCAGAUUUAGUUAUUUAUAAAAAUUAUGAUACAAAGCAUUUAGAUGAGUUAGAAGAAAUGCAUCCGUCUAUUCGUGAUACUUGUAUAAAUGAUUAUUUAAUAAUAAAUGCUCCACAUGUCGCUUAUGUCUAUUGUGGUACACGAAAAUUAGCUAUUCUUCCAAUUUGUACUACUGCUAUUGAUAUUCAGUACAAAACAUCAUCACCACCAAAUCUUUUCUAUAAAGGUUUUAAACUUUACUUUGAAUGGAUUCCAAAACCAAUAGAUUUGGUAUGUCCUGGUACAUCUCCUGCAACAACAAUGACAUCUGUUAAUACGACAUUGCCGAUUUGGGCACAAAAUUUACAAAUUUCACCUAUAUUUUCUGCACAUGUUUGCCUCGGCUCGUCAAUAACUUUACAAUGUCCUCGUGAUUCUGAUUAUGUUCUCUCCAUCGUUCAAUCAAUGUAUGGUGUAACAGCUACAGGUUUAUGUGGAAAUCCAUCACCAGCGGACUGUCUUCAAGAAGCUUCACUUGGACUAACGUGUGCACAAUCCUGUUAUAUUGGAUAUUAUAUUCCGAAACCGUUGGUUCAAUGCCAAUCAAAAAAUGCUGAUUAUAUUCUUAUAGAUUAUCAAUGCAUACCAAUGCGUUUACCCAAUAAUGACAAUACUAUCGAUAUAUGCAAUUCAACAAUAGCAAAUACAAUCGCAUUAGAUACCGUUAUGAUGAUGAUCAGUCCACAAUAUCCUACAUUGGACGGUGUGCAUAAUUGUUCAAAAACGAUCGAAGCAUCACCAAAUAAACGAUGGAUGAUUUCUAUCGUUGAUCUAUUUUUGGAAGAACAAAGUCAUAUUGGUGAUUGUGAUGUGUCAUCAUUAACAAUUGUUGAUGAAAAAGAUCAGGUGGUGAUGUGUGGUUUAAGACAACCUGAAUUAGUUAUGGUCACUUAUGGAAAUAUAGUUGAAUUUAAAUUUAUUUCAACUCACCAAGCCCUUGGUUAUCGUGGUUUCAAGGUUUAUGCUGAAACUAUUAUGAACUUAUCUAAUGUGACAAUAUCAACAAUGACCACAACAACAGCAGCAACGACACGAAGAACAUCGCCUCCCAUUACUACUUUCCUAUCAGUUAGUUUGCAAAUUCCUGUUUAUGGUGGAACAACAACAAACAAUGGUACCCGUCAAUACUGUAAAUUUCCAUUUAUAUAUCAAGGCAAUCCACAAUCCAAUUGCUUAACAGUAGACCCACCAAUUCCAGCACCGGGAGAAGGUCUUCAAGAGCCUUGGUGUUCAUUAACAAGUAAUUUCGAUACUGAUGGUGAAUGGGGUUUUUGUGACUUACGUGUUACCGAUGCAACAGUGUAUGAUAUAUGCCGUAGCCAAUCCCAACUACUUAGCUGUCCAUCAGGUUACGUUAUCGAUAUAAUAACAUCUGAUUAUGCAACUAAACCCGAUGGAAAUAUUGGUGCAGGUGCAUGUGCUUAUGAUAAGAAUGAUUGUUUUCAAAGUGAUUCAUCGACUAUUCAAAAUACAUGUGCAGGUCGACUAUCAUGUAUGGUAUAUCAUUUUGCUAAAACUUUAGCAACAUGUGAAAAUCGACCAUCUGCUUAUUUACACAUUGGUUAUACCUGCGUACCGAAUAAUAUAACUAGUAUAACUACAUACAACCUAUGUGAUAAUAGUUCAUUGCCACAAAUGAAUACCAGUCGUGGAUUUAUAACUUCACCUAAUUUUCCAACUACACCAAGCAAUAUUGAUUGUACAUUCAAUUUACAAACAUUAAAACCAUAUGAAGAUAUUUAUCUUUAUAUACUCGAUAUGGAUUUGAAUAGUCCGAAUCUUAUUGGACAGAGUUGCACGAAAGAUCGAUUUAUUGUUUCGUCUGAUAAUAAUGUUAUGGAGAUGUGUGGUAGAUCAUAUACAAAUUUUUUACUUAGCACAUGUCAUUCAUCUGUAUUGUUACAAUUGAUUCGAGCAUCGGAUGCUAGAGGACGUGGUGUGAAACUUUAUUUUGAAUUUCGAGGAAGAUCACCACAAGACAUAUGCCCAGAAAUAAUUGCAACCAGUUCAACUUUGCAACCUACUCCACCAACAGGCCUAACAACUAUGCCGGAACCAAGUCAAUCUAUUGGCCCAUCUCCACAUUAUUUUACAACUUUAUGUUUUCCAGAUAUUUCAUCUUUAUUUGGUAGAAAUAAUUUUCAAUGUCAAACAAAUUAUAUCCUUGUUAUUCUUCGAGCAGUUUAUGGUAGAGGUAGUCGCUGUGAUUACAGUCCUGGCGAUUGUACAAGUGAAGCUGACAAUGUUUAUCGACUAUGUUCAGGAAAACAAAAAUGUUCUGUUCCAUUUUUAAAUCCAGUUACUUUACCUGAAUGCAAUGGAGUUACUGCUAGCUAUCUUUUCGUUGAAUAUCAAUGUUUACCAACGCCAACGAUCGUUUCAAAUACUGCAGAUUUAUGUACAGGUCAAAUAAGUGAUUUCAAUGGAACGAGUGGUAUAUUGCAGAGUACAUCGUAUCCAUCGUAUACACAAACGCAAUGUGCUAAUGCAACAUUAAGUUCAUUAGAUGGUUCUAAUCUUGUUAUGCACAUGUAUUUAAUUGAUCUCAGUAUCAGUGCAUCUGAUCCUCAUACUGGUGAAUGUUUGAAUGAUUACUUAGAAUUAUCUUAUCAAUGUAAUCAUAUCGCAUAUACUAGACGUUUAUGCGGUACACGUUCAACAGAACUGUUAUUUCGAACAUGUUUACCAACAGAUAAAAUAUUCGCUUCAUAUAAUUUAUUAGGUAAUGAUUCUCAAUCUCAACGUGGUUUUGCGUUACUUUAUCAUCUUGUACCAAGAGAUAGCGUGCCUACAAUAAAAACAACAACAGCUAGUACUACAACUACGUUGACAUCCUCUGGUAUUGGUGCUGUUAGUACCCCUAUUCAACUAUCGACGAUAUGUGUUCAGAAAUCUUUAUCUUUACGAUGUGAUCAACCUGGAUAUGUUCUUGUUUUACAUAAAAUACAGCUUGGCGUAAGUACAACAGCCAGCUGUAAUUAUUCUUUGGAUGAUUGCUUUGAGGAUUAUACUAGUUUCUACAAUAAUUGCACUGGCACAGCAAUGUGCGAUAUAUUUUCUCCUUUAACACAAAUAGCAUCAUGUAAUAAUUCUCAAUCAAAUUAUUUAUAUGCUGAACAUCAAUGUAUUCCAGCAAGUACAAAACUUGAUCUUGAUAUAUGUUCAUCGGCAGGCUCAAUUCAAAUAGUUACAGAUAGCACAAUCAUUUCAUCAUUGAAUUAUACAUCAAAAGAGAAAGAAUGCAAAGUAGAAUUGCGAACAAAUUCAUUAUUACCGAGUCAAACUCAGAGAGGAUUUAAGGUCUAUAUUCUUACAUUAAACUUGCCAAUUGAGCAUUCCCAAGAUUCGCAAUGUGAUCCCGAUGAUCCAUCUAUUGAAAUUGAUGAUCCUGAAUCCGGUUUGACACGUUUAUGUGGUGAUAGUUAUACCCGGUUUUUAUUUGAAACAUGCUCAAAUACAAUUGAAAUUCGAUAUAAAAAUACUCUUGUGAAUACUACUGCAGUAGAAUACAAAGGUUUCGAAAUUUAUGUUGAAUCUAUUGAAAAUGAUGAAUGUCGCUUAAUAAAUACGAUUGAUACAACAUAUGCAUCGGUGGGACUUACAUCGACGACGACUGUCAUCCGAGAUUUCAACACUACAAUUUCUACACCAAAUUUACCUCUAAUAAUAGGUCUUUCGGUCGGCCUUAGUGUUCCUAUUGUAUUAGGAGCCAUUCUUGGUCUCAUCUAUUAUAUAAAAGUUGUCAUGCCCAAGAAAAAAGUAUUCAUCAGUAACGCUGCUCGUAAUGAAAUACCAAUGACAGCAAAAUAA